AUGACUAGAGUUCUACUCCUGAAGAACAGGACUACUCCUGAUGAUGCCUAUGAGCAGAAUUUUUUAUCUAAAGAAUUUGAUCCUGUAUUCAUACCUUUGAUAAAACACACACAUCUGCCAGCACAAGCACUUCAACUCUUUCAAAAUGAUGAAUAUCUGAGCAGCCUUCAAAAUAUAAUUAUCACUUCACAAAGAACGGUAGAAUGCUUGAAUGAAUCAAUUAUGCCUCUGCUGAGCGAAAAACAAUUAUUUGAAUUACGAAACAAGACUGUUUACACUGUGGGACCAGCAACUCAAGUGUUUCUUCAAAGAUGUGGAUUUACUGACGUCAGAGGAGGGCCAGAUGCCGGUAAUGGAGAUAUCUUAGCAAGCUUAAUUAUAUCUGAGCUGUUUGGAAGUGGCAAUUCUAACUCUCUUGAAUAUCCUGAACUGUUGUUUCUGGUGGGUGAGACUCGAAGAGAUAUUAUUCCUAAAAAACUGAAUGAAGCGGGACUAAAGGUCCAAGAGAUUGUAACCUAUAAAACUGAAUCACUAUCAGACAAUCUUGGCAGGUUUAAAUUCUAUUGUACGCCUUUUUGUUGGGUUGUUUUUUUUAGUUCUCAAGGUACUGAGGAAAUCGUGAAAUACUUGAAAAAUCACCCCGAUUCCAAGAUCGCUAGCAUAGGGCCUACAACAGAUAGAUAUCUUUUGACCAAAGGACUGAAAUCCAAUUUGGUGAGUUCUAAGCCCGAACCACUCUCGCUGAUCAAUGCAAUGAUAGACUUUAAGGAUACACAUAAUGAUACCUAA